AUGUCUACAGUGGCACUGGGGUUGUCCUUUAUCUUCGGCAACCUCCUGAAGGAAAUCUUCGAAAGCGUGGUUCUGCUACUGGCGAUGCACCCCUACGACGUGGGUGAUCGAAUACAGCUUGGUGACGGUGAUACCAUUAGGAUAUACACCGUCCAGAAGAUCAACAUCAUGACCACAGAAGUGCGCGACUUGGCCAACCACUGCAUCUAUCUGAAGAACAAUGCCUUGUACAACGAGGCAAGUCUCGUGAAUCUCGGCCGAUCUCUCAAUGCUGUCGUCGAAAUCGGCGUCACGUUCCAGACCUCGGAAAUGUCGACGGCUGUGUCAUACAGGAUCAACCAGUACGUCAACCUGUACGUCCAGGAGAAUGCACAUGCUUGGGUACCUUCCUAUGUACGGAGCUUCUCUCCGGUGGAGCGAGGCCGUGCCAGCUGCGAUCUUGCUGGAGCUGUGACACACUGUGUACGGAUCAUGCACCGACAGCCCUGGCAAAACAUCCGCGACAUACGGCGCGACACUACAGAGCUGAUGUACAAGAUCUUGGGCCAGCUUCACAGCUGGGGUGUCGACUUCCGCAACACGCCACAGCCGGUCCACAUCGAGACCAACGUGUCGAAGGAAGAGGCUGAUGGAUCCGAAAAGGUGGGCUCCACACCCAAGGUGGGUCUGGAGCUCUUGCGCUCUUCGUCGCAGGAUUUAUCCUACUCCUCCGGAGUGUCGCCGGCAUAUUGGGCGCGGCUGACGACGGGGCGCUAG